AGCCGUCGAGUACACCCAUGGCAGUGGUUACGCAGGUGCCAGUCCUGGGCGCUAACGGAACGGGCCAGCGGUGGAGUAACCUUACCGAUACCACCCCCAAGGUCAGCGACCCCAUAUCGGCCGACGACGAUUUCACGGGCGUGUACGAGACCCCUGAGAUGAUCAAGGCUGAAAGGAAUUUGAGCAACUUGAUAUACGACAACCACAGCUUCUACAACAGUACAUUCGUCGGUAACCAUCAGUUCUUCCUGGAGCACUGGGCGAACAUCAGCAAGCACCCGGCGCAGCCGCACGACAUGCUCAGCAACUCGUACAGGAAGGCCACGACAGUGAAGCUGAGUUUCCUGUUUCCAUUCUACGGGAGCUACAUCCAGACUAUAACGGUGGCGACCGGCGGGUUCAUAUACACCGGCGAGCACACGCACUCGUGGAUCGCCGCGACGCAGUACAUCGCGCCGCUGAUGGGCAACUUCGACACGUCCCUCAACAACAGCAGCAGGAUCAUGCUCUCGGACGACGGCAGUAAAUUCACCGCGUUCUGGGAGAACGUCGCGCUGCUGGAGGUGCCCGACAAGCUGUUCACGUUCGCCGCCACGCUGUACAAGAACGGGGACAUCGUGUUCGCGUACAAGAACGUACCGAUACCGGUACAGAAGAUCGACGACAAGUCGCAUCCGGUCAAGAUAGGCAUCAGCGACGCCUACCUCACCGACAAGAUCAUAUUCUACGUGAGACGCAAGACGGUGUACGAGUAUCACCGCGUCUCGUUCAAGAAGUACGAGAUCACGAACGGCACCGUGCUGAUGAUGACCGCGCUGCCCACCUGCGUGCAGUACACCACCUGCGACACCUGCCUCAACCACAACACCAGUUUCCAGUGCACUUGGUGUGAAAAUAUCAAGAAAUGUUCGAGCGGCACCGACAGGAACAAGCAGGACUGGCAGUUGAGGAAUUGCGACAACACGUUGGUGUUGAACGCCACCUGGUGUCCCGCGCGCAACGCGACGGGUCCCGCACUGAACGUGUCGCGCAUCACCGGCGACGCAUAUAAUAAAAUCAAUGAAUGGUUCGUCGAGUACAAACAGCAGCAAACUAGUAGCGCAAGUUUGUCGUUUCAAAAAUUAACCGUUAUAAUAAUAUAUGUAUGCCCGUGCGCGCGUGUAGUGAACACGGCCGAUACCGAGUCGUCCCCGCAUGCGGGCGGUGGCGCCACCAGCAUGAAGCGCGAGCAGGUGGGCGCGGGUGCGGGUGCGGGCGGGGGCGGUGGCGGGGGCGCGGUGGGCGGGGCGGUGGCCGCGUGCGCGUGCGUCGCGCUGGUGGCCGCCGUGGCCGCGUGGGCGCUGUACGCGUUCAGGAACCCGCACACGCGCAGCGGGCAACUGUUCAUCAAGUACCGGCCGUCGCAGUGGAACUGGCGGCGCGGCGAGGCGCGAUACACCGCCGCCACUAUACACAUGUAACGUGACGUCACACGCCCCAACCAACCACCCACCACCACCACCACGCACCGCGCAACACACACACACAUACACACACACACACACACGCAACAUCACAUACAUACAUCACAUCUUCGCGUAACAACAUAUAAUUAGUUGCGACACAAUAAACGGUCGCCGCUCUUCACAAUAACAUGGUGCGUGUGCUCGUUAAUAUAAGGUUCAAUACUGUCGUUUAUAUAACAAUGCCCCGCUAAAUUAAAAUUAAUCGUGUAACAUUUAUAUAUAAUUGAAUAGACUAUAUUUUCAUCAUACAUAACUGAUAAUUUACAGAACCUCUGGUAGCUGUCCAAUGAGAGCUCGUUAUUUGACUAGUCACGUGCACCGUGCAUAGCUCCGGAUACAUACUGAAUAUUAAACAUGUAAAAAUAUCCAUUACACAAACAAAAUGUCCUAAUUAUUUAUAACCAAAUAAUUGUGAUUGCAACUAGACGACCAGUGGCCGCAACUCUGCGUCGCUUUACUUUUAAUCUAUACCUUCACAUUAAUCUAAUAUUACAUUUAGCAUAAGGUGCUCAACAUCAUAAAUGUAACAUGUAACAUUUCUAAACUAAUUACUACUGAGUUUUUUCUAUCUCUUACAAGAGAAAAAAUAAUAAUCUAAUAACCGUCUCCUAACUUAUUUUUGAUUUAUUUAAUUUAAACGCACUGUAAUGAAUUUCUCGACUUUCUGUCAGUGAACUUGUAAUAUUGACGCGAUCAAUGUUAUAUAAACGACGACUUAUUGUGUUAUACAAUGGAAUUACUUUCGCACCGUCUCGCCUGAUGCGUACAGGACCUGUGGCCACUUGUACUAUCACAGGCAACUCUCGACCAAAUGCUGACGAUCAGAGUACAUUCAGACAAUGCUCAAAUACUAUUUGAAAUGGUGCCUAAGAAUAUCACUAGUACUCGAAAACAACUAACUUUCAUUUUGUCAUCAGCACACGGACAUUCAUAUCUCAGGGCCCUUCGUCGGCACCACCACGUUGUGUUUGGAUAUAAAUUGUAAACAGUAUGCCGGAGUACAUCUUUAAACUAAUUUGAAAGUGUAUAAUUUAUAGCAUUCAUGCGAAUUACACCGAAUUAAAUUAUCGUAUGUGAAUAACGAUUGCCGUCCCGUGUAGUGUAAUAUGAGCCCUAAAGGUAUACUCUCGCAUAUUAUGACAUAUCAAUUUGCCUAUGUGCUACGAGCUUUUUAUAUAUAAAUAUCUGCCGUCUCCCUCGUUACCUAACAGUAGAAAGAGACGAUAGAACAAGAUCGACACUUGUGCCUUCAUAGAUAUUAUACGUUAUCGAAGAAAAUAUAUCGAAUGUAAGUUAUAACAUUUAUAAUAACGGUAAUGUUUUAAUAACAUGAUCAGCGGUGAGAGUAGGUAGAUUGAAUUUAUCUGAAGUAUACAUAUCAAUGUGAUAUAAUAUUAUGGAAAAAUUGUUCAAAAAUUGUUCUGAUUUAAAAGCAUGGACUGGGAUCCAAUAUGAAUACAUUGAAUAAUGGGUAUACGUUGCUUUCAACAUGGAUAAGCAUUCAACAGUAUUCAGUUGAGUGCUUAUCCAUGUUAUUGUGUCCGCGAGUAAAUCAAUGUACCUACUCACCGGCCGGGGGUGUCGUCGAUCAGCAUGACGUACGCUUAUUGCGCACUGCAAUAUUGGCAACGGGCAAUCUGUGUGUGUGUACGUGUGUGUGUACGCGUGUGUGUGUGCGUGUGAUGAGCGCAAUAUCCUUCGCGACGGACGCUCUGAGGUGAGCGAGCGAGUAACGCGCCGCCGUCGUGUCAUGAUAAUAUAAAAGCUUUCUUUUAUUUGAUAUACGACGAGGGAUCGCGUGCACCGUUUCAAUAUUGCAAAACGGAAUGUUGAUCUCUAGUAUUUAAUCGGCUUGUUGCUUAAAAAAAAAUUUAGACGUUUUUACUUAAAUCCAAUGUAAUUAAAUUUGGUAUAUAACAAGGAGCUUCUAAGAAAAUAUUAUUAUAUUAUCCGAUUUAUAGAAGUUUAUGUACAAAUUUAGCAAUAAUAAUAAAACGUUAAGACUUAGCUAACUAGCGACAGUGAGGAUUGUGACAUCUGCCUGUAUCUGUAUCUGUUGUGUAUCCAAAGUGCCUUUAUAUUACGUCCGUCCCACACUGAAGUCAAUUAUACACUAUCUUAAUCGUAAUAUUAAUACACAUUCCCGGUCUGUCUGAUAUCUGAAUAUAAUAAAAACUGAAUAACGCAACCGGAGGGCAAGCGAUAUAACGGCAGCUCUGUGACACUGUCGGACCGUUGUGAUCGGCUUGGAUAGAAUGUGUUCGGUACGAACUGAACGAUGGCGUCGUAACAUUCAUUAUGUUAGCUAAUAAUGAAGUGAGAUUUUGUUUUCAAUGUUCGAUUUAUAUCCAGGUGUGUGAUAAUAUUUUUUUGUAUUUUUUAGAUAUUUAUGUAAUAAUAAUGUAAUGAUAAUUAUAAUGGAAAUCUCAAAAUCUGUCCAUAUAGAUCUUUGUACAGAAUCUUAAGAUCGAUUAUAAUGUAUUGUUUUAAAGAAUCUGUGUAUGUUUUAUUGAUAUCUAACGGUAGCUGAUAAUGAGAUAUUGUAAUGCGCACGCCACAGACGACAAUGACGACGGACAAAUAUUAUAUAAUGUGACGUUUGUGCUUUUUUAAUUAAUAUUUUAGUGUGUAUACACUUUGGACUUUCUUUGAUUUUUAAUAUAUAUUUAAUGAAUCGUAUGACAGGCAGCUUACUGUAUAAAUAUAAAUAUUUGUAUCUGGUAACAAUUUUAUAUUAUGCAAUAUCAAAUUAAGGGAACUUUUUUAGGUUUAUAUAUAAGUUGCAGAUUAUUUCGGCAUUAUAAAUGCUUCGUGCAACUCUAUGGUUUGCUCAUCAGAUUCUCUAUUUGUAUGAAGUAUAUUCGGUCGGUUCAUUGUUCAGAUGCAAGUUGAAUACUCGUUAGUGCGUUUGCGCUUGGAUCUUAUUGUUCAGUUAAUAAAUUGUAGUGAAUGCGCGCGCGCAAGCAAAUCAUUUAUUUUGAUUGUUCCGAUUUUCAUGUGGUUUAUAGCUCCGAUAUAAUUUUAAGUAAGAAAUAACUUUAAGUCUCGAAUUAAUAUAUGAGCACUCAAAAAAGACAUUGUAUUUGAAGAGCGAUACGACGAAAUAUUAGAUCAAACUGAACUCAUUAAAAUUAAAUUCGAUAAUUAUUAUAAUGUAUUGCUUCAAAUCGAAGAUGCGUUCAAUAGAAAUCUUAGGAUCUGUUAACUUGUCACAAGUGCAGACUGACCCCAGCAAAAGCGUGUUCAUCACAUUAAUCGUGCGGGCCGGCAUCGAGCGUAGCACACAGUGCCGGGUGGAUUGUGUCUUGUAAUGAACCGAUUCAUAUCGUAAAUAUGAAAUUGUACGAUAUAUUGGAUUGAAUAAUGUUAACUUACAAUAGUCGUCGAGGUCAUUCAUUGCGAUGGUUGAAUUGAUGGCUGUACCAUAGAUGAAUUAGUUAAGAUAUUUUAUAUGAACAUAGGUGAUAUUAUGUAUAUAAAAAAAAUAUGUUAUUGCCUUAAAGUUACUUUGUAAUUGUUUUGACGUAUUUUUCGUAAAUAAAAGAAUGAUAAGAAAACGUUUGCAUACUUUGGACUCGUAGUUAUACACCAAAGAUUGAAUGAAAAUGAAAAAAUAUGCCUAUUUCCAUGGUAUAUUGAUAUGGUUCGAAAUAUUCGCCUGCCCUGCGAUGAUUUCCCGCGAUCACUCGAGCGGUGAAAUGGACAGUGCAAGUAUGAAUAAUUUGGAAAUUUCACCUCUAGUUAAGUUGGACAGUGUACACUUAAUAAUAGGGACCAACUUUGAUUUUACAAAUAAAUGGUGUCGUCG